AUGUCAUCAAACAGAAAGCACGGUCGUUCAUCUGAUGAUGAGUUUUCCAUAGGACUGAAAAAAAUAAAAUUGGACUACUUGUUGGAUAAUUUGAAGCUUUGUGACGACAAUGAAGAAAAUAAUACAAGUGCAUCUGAUCAACUGAAUGUCUAUGAUAUCAACCCCAAUAUAAAGUCUUAUUCAGUGAUCAAGACAACAGAUGACUCAUCUACUUCAUUACCAAACAUAACGUCUUACAUUGCCCUGAAACUUGUAUCCCAUUAUGAAAAUACCAUAAAAUCCAAUCUUUCACUAAUACCAUGGUAUAAUUAUAAAUUCUUAGUAGCUUACAAAUUUCAGAGAUGGCUACUCAGGAUGUUCAAUAAGUUUUUGAGGAAAUAUUGUAAACGGAAUCAUUCUAAAUAUAAGCCGCUAAGACUUUUCGAUAAGAUGAUGAAUUUGAUUAGCCAAAAUAAAUUGAGCUUUCAAGAUCUUUUGAAAAUUGCUAUCAAAGAGAAUGAUAUUGAGCUUCGAAAUUUGCGACAUAAGUAUGAAUUGAAGGAGGUUUCAGAAGAAGAUAUUGAGGAUGAAAGUGGAACUUUAGCUAACGUUAAAUACAAUUAUUGGGAUAAUCUCAAAUUUGAUAAAGAGUUAGACAUGCUAGAUUCUGAUUGUUCUGAACCAGAAAGCAAACAAAAUAGCAACGAAACAUUGAAUAUUCCUAAAAUUAUAGAAAUCAGCGAUGAUGAUGAUGAUGAUGUCUCUGACGUAGAAAUGGAGAUUGAUAGCACUUCCAGUUCCUAUAAUUCUUCCAAGUUUCUUAAUGAGUCAAAAUAUGGAUCUUAUUACAAUGCGCAUAGAGAUUUAUGA